CCCGGUACCGCCGCUAUGCCGGCGCGCGCGCUGCUCCUGACCGCGCUGGCUGCGCUGGCGCUGGCCCGGGAGCCCCCAGCGGCGCCGUGUCCUGCGCGCUGCGACGUGUCGCGGUGCCCGAGUCCCCGCUGCCCCGGCGGCUACGUGCCGGAUCUGUGCAACUGCUGCCUGGUGUGUGCGGCCAGCGAGGGCGAGCCGUGUGGCCGCCCUCUCGACUCGCCCUGCGGGGAGAGCCUGGAGUGCACGCGGGGCGUGUGCCGCUGCCGCUGGGCACACGCUGUGUGUGGCACCGACGGGCACACCUACGCCAACGUAUGCGCGCUGCAGGCGGCCAGCCGGCGCGCGCUGGAGCUCUCAGGGACCCCCGUGCGCCAGCUGCAGAAGGGCGCCUGCCCAUCGGGUCUCCACCAGCUGACCAGCCCGCGGUACAAGUUCAACUUCAUCGCGGACGUGGUGGAGAAGAUCGCGCCGGCCGUGGUCCACAUAGAGCUCUUCCUGAGACACCCUCUGUUUGGCCGAAACGUGCCCCUGUCCAGUGGCUCGGGCUUCAUCAUGUCAGAGGCUGGCUUGAUCGUCACCAAUGCCCAUGUGGUGUCAAGCACCAAUGCUGUCUCUGGCCGGCAGCAGCUCAAGGUGCAGCUCCAGAACGGUGACAGCUAUGAGGCCACCAUCAAGGACAUCGACAAGAAGUCAGACAUCGCCACCAUCAAGAUCCACCCGAAAAAAAAGCUGCCGGCGCUGCUGCUGGGCCGCUCGGCAGACCUGAGGCCCGGCGAGUUCGUGGUGGCCAUCGGCAGCCCCUUUGCCCUGCAGAACACCGUGACCACGGGCAUCGUCAGCACGGCCCAGCGGGACGGCAAGGAGCUGGGCCUCCGGGACUCAGACAUGGACUACAUCCAGACGGACGCCAUCAUCAACUACGGGAACUCCGGGGGACCACUGGUGAACCUGGACGGCGAGGUCAUUGGCAUCAACACGCUCAAGGUGGCCGCCGGCAUCUCCUUCGCCAUCCCCUCCGACCGCAUCACGCGCUUCCUCGCAGAGUUCCAGGAUAAGCACGUCAAAGAUUGGAAGAAGCGAUUCAUCGGCAUACGGAUGCGGACCAUCACAUCGAAUUUGGUGGAAGAACUAAAGGCCAGCAAUCCAGACUUCCCAUCGGUCAGCAGUGGGAUUUACGUGCAAGAGGUUGUUCCAAACUCACCUUCUCAGAGAGGGGGAAUCCAAGAUGGCGACAUCAUCGUCAAGGUCAACGGGCGCCCUCUGUCAGACUCAAGUGAGCUGCAGGAGGCUGUCCUGACCGAGUCCCCUCUGCUGCUGGAGGUGCGGAGGGGCAAUGAUGACCUCCUGUUCAGCAUCGCGCCAGAGGUGGUCCUGUGAGCGUGGGACCCCACGUCGCUGAGUGCCAGAGCCUGCAUUCUGGGACAGGUGCUAACCCAGAGGUCCCAUCCAGAGCUGCUGCCUCCCACAGGGUCAGGACGAAGGACCACGGACGGUCCUCAACAGAGCCGGUGGCCUCCUCCUGGCUGUCCAGGGGCAGAGUCACAGGCAGGGUUUGGCCAGGGACCCACCUCAGCCUUCGGGAAAGUUGGCUUCCAGAUCAAGUACCACGGGGCAGCCGGAUGUCCCCCUCAUACAGAUGCUCCUGAGGGCCACCUUCCAAGUGCCCGGGAUAUUUCGAACAUUCCUUUGGAGCUCCCCACCGGUCCCAGCCUCCCUUCUAUGGCCUUGCCUUUACACCUGUCCAACCUCUGUUUAAAUGCCCAACCUGCUCCUACCCCACCCUCCCCUCCGAGUCUCCUGCUCAGGUCAGUGCCCCAACCCGUCCUCCCCUUGGAAGACCUCCCAGCUCCUGCCCCAGACUCCAUGGUGCCCACCACACUGAAUGACCAGGGCUGUGGCAUCCACCAGCUGGAGGCCCUGGAGGGUGGCCAUGUCUGACCACCUUGGGGAAUCAAAUGUGGGCACCUGGCUCAGAGCAGGCCCUGAGGGCAUGUCCCCUGGCUUCCCAAGCCAAGCCCUAUGGCUGGUGAUGAUGUCACCUUCUGGGGUGGGACAGAGACUGGCCAGGAGCAGAGUGUCUGACACCAUCUAGAAGGCUGCUCGUCCCCCCCACCAGAGGUGACCACAGAGUGCUGGGCAGAGGAUGCCUCCUGACAGGGGAGGGGUUGCAAGGACUGAGCCGGCUUCGCCUCCCCUGUGCCGCUCUGUGCAGGGCCAUGGACUCACGGAAUCACCACUAGAGUGGCAGGGGGGCAUGUGUGUGUUGAGGUGUACAUGUGAGCUUUGCUGUACAAUGGAUUCCCUGUGUUGCUUGUACUGUAUGUUUCUCUACUGUAUGGAAAUUAAAGUUUACAAGCACA